AUGGUGAUGCGCCGGGGACGAACUGGCUGGUCGAAGGUGGGUGAUGCGGUAUUUACGUAUUAUCGACCUUGGGUUGCUUGGGGGGUGGGCUGGCUGGCGGCAGGCAAGAUGCGCGGUGACAGGAAAGCUUCAGGACCCUGUCGGACAGCUUUCGGUUCGAGAUGGCGAGAAAGAGAAUUUACGGCAAAGGCGAAGCAGUCGACACUCGUGCCAUUUUCAGAUGAGAACAGACGACAUGGACAUGACCUGGGAAUUAGGAAGAUGGAGGGGGGGCAGGCUCUGGAUAAAGGGCAGAACAAACGAGCAAGAGUCAAGAGAGAGAGGGACGGGAGAGACAAGAAACGGGCAGACGGGACAACGGGCCAACGUAACAGGGCGACGGGGGAUACUGGGGGGAGGAGGAGAGACGAGACGAGACGAGAACGUGAGAAGAAACGUGGAUGGAAAGGAGCAGCGCAACAGGCAAGCCGCAAACCAGCUCCAUCCAGGAGAGAAAGAGAGAGAAAGAGCAACAACCAGCACCAGCAAAAGCACCACCAAGUACACCAUACGAGACGAAGCAAGCGGCGGCGGCAAAGAUGCCAGGGACGGUACGGUACCUACUCCGUAUACCCCGUGGCUCAUCCCCGUACGAGACUACGAGUAACGAGGAGCAAGCAGGUCGUGCAGUGA